UUUGUGUAGACAAACAUCAGUUCUUUAUCAGAAAGCUGUGGCAACAAAGAAAGUAAAUAAAAGAUUUCAAUUCUUUGUUGUGGAAUCAACAAAAGUCCCAAAAGUGUAAAAUGGCUGCAGAAUCAAAGAUUAGUGAAGAAAUCACGCUAUUGCGCCGAGAAAUACAGCAACUGCGAAAGACCUGUGCUGCUAAAGAGAAACGUUUGUGUGAGCUGGUAACGCAUCAACAGCAGUCUAAAAAUGAGCCGAAUGAAAGCAGCAUUUUGAACAAUGAUGAUAUUGCCCGCUAUAGUCGACAAUUGAUUUUACCGAAUUUUGGAGUACAAGGCCAGAUCAAGUUGAAACAAUCUGCCUUUCUUAUAGUAGGCAUGGGUGGUCUUGGGUGUCCAGCUUCGCAAUAUUUACUUGCCGCCGGUUGUGGACGUUUGGGUUUGGUGGAUUACGAUGAGGUGGAGCGCAGUAAUUUCCAUCGCCAAACUCUACACACUGAAAUAAGCAUUGGAAUGCCAAAAGUAGAGUCAGCCAAACAAUCUUUGCUACAAAUAAAUCCCCAUUGCCACGUAGACUGCCAUUGUCUGUUGCUGAAUAGUGAGAAUGCUUUGGAAAUUCUUAGACAAUAUGAUGUUAUACUGGACUGUACGGACAAUGUGGCUACUCGUUAUCUGUUGAACGAUGCCUGUGUUAUGCUGAACAAACCUUUGAUAUCGGGCAGCGCCUUGCAAAUGGAUGGUCAAAUAACGGUAUACAACUAUGGAGAGAACUGUCCUUGUUAUCGAUGCCUAUUUCCUGUUCCUCCUCCUCCCGACACUGUAACAAAUUGUGGAGACGGUGGGGUAUUGGGAGCUGUUACCGGUGUAAUAGGAUCUCUUCAAGCUUUGGAGGCUAUUAAGGUUGCCCUCGGUGGCUUGGGAGGCGAGGUAAUGGCAGGACGUUUGCUAAUAUUUGAUGGUGGUCGCUGCCAAUUCCGCAAUAUACGCCUACGCUCAAAACGAGCCGAUUGUGAUGUAUGCUCUCCAAAUCCCAUGAUCACCCAUUUAAUAGAUUAUGAGCAAUUUUGUGGCAUGCAUGCUUCGGACAAAGACACGGCUUUAAAUAUUCUUACAACGGAACAACGCUUAACUGUGGAAGAGUACAAGCAUAUGUUGGACACCCAAAGUAAUCAUAUUCUGAUGGACGUAAGGCAGCCUGCUGAAUUUGAAAUUUGCCAUUUACCUAAAUCUGAAAAUGUGCCCCUGAAGACUAUUCUAAACGAUGAAUAUUUGAAACGUUUCGAAAAAGAGCUUCAAGAUGAAAAUAAGGGUAUUGUUGUUCUAUGUCGUCGGGGAAAUGACUCACAGAUUGCAGCACAACAUAUUAUUAAUAGAUUCCCUCAGCGCACUGUAUUCGACCUCAAAGGUGGUCUGCAUGCUUGGCAUUAUAAAAUCGAUAAGAAUUUUCCCAUCUAUUAGAGGUUAUUAUUUGAAAAAAAAUGCUUUGCUUUGCAUUUCAUGCUUUUAUAAUUUGUUUAAUUGUAUAAUGUGUAUGUAUGUAUGUGUGUUUGUAUGUAUGGACAAAUUGGAUGUUAUUAUUAUAUAAAAUAAUAAAUGUAAUGUAUUAUCCUAUAGCAUGGUGUCUCGAAAGAAGAUUUUUUACCAGAAACUGAACUGAAUGAAAACGUUGAGUAAAGGGUCAGAAGGACACUGAAUGCCCUGUA